UCCACCUCUUCCUCCGACAGUGCACGGUGCAUGGAGAGCCACAGAUCAUGUUCUCCACCACCAAGAGGACUAUGUUGUGUAUCACUUGCUUCAGAGAGUCAUCCAUCGACGCCCGCCUUCACUGUAUCGACCUCGAGACCGCCUACUCACAGGGGUGCAAGAAACUCGACAGGGCUGUAAUGAGCAUACGAGAGCUUCAGAACUCAGUACGUGACGGAGUGAUCCUGUUCAAAGCCCUGUUAGACGAGUUGAGGAAGAACAUGGAAACAGAGAAGCACAAUAUUAACACCUUGUCGGAGAACCUUCAGGAGACCGUCAGGAGGACCCAGGAUAAUCUGCUCAGGGAGGUUGAUGGGCAAUACGACGCUAAGGACAAGCUCUUCCGAAGUCAACUAUCAUCACUAGGGCUCCUCCCCAUCAUCCAAGUUCACCUGUUGAUGUGUACUACCUUCUCUUCCUCUGCCUCCAAGUAUGAGUUCCUUGACUUGGUGUUUCAACUGAUGGAACGUCUGGCGGCCAUAGCUCACCUGUCCCAUCCCCUCAGGCCAGGCCAGAGCAGUCAGGUCCGUAGCAACUUCAAGAGUGAGUUCUCUAGGAGCCUUGAGCCUCUCCUGUCCAACGUCGGCAAGGGAAGAGGAGAAUCUAUGGCCAUGCCUUCAGGCUCGUCUGGGUGCAGCGAGAAGCCGUCGUCGGAGGGCGGGUGUGCGUCCCGUCCGCCCUCGGCAGCCUCGGGGAUGGGUCCCACUUCCUUCGGGAUGCCGGGGUCGAGACGCUCCCUCUCCGCCGCCAAGCUCAAAAUCCUGGAGAGUGGCGGACCCUUCGCUGAGCACUGCAAGACCCACGAGAAUAAAUUUAGGCAAAACCAAGGGUACACAGAUCGAAGUAAUCAAUUCACCGCCAUUUCUUCUUGUCAACCACAGCAGGAAUUGACAGGCAAGUUCACCAGAUUAAAAGAAGAGGCUCAGGAGCUGCAUCGAGACGUAACGCUGAGGAGGUGCUUGACACGACGUGGCCGAGUGGAGGAGAUCGUCCGCGAGUGUGCCGCCCUCGAGGAGGAGUUCCGCGCCUACACGGACGAGAUGGAGGAGUUGAGGACCGUGUUUGACUCGGCGUGGGACGAGCAGAUCCAGAGAGUCUACGCUGAACAGGAAGUUUUUCAAUCUCAGGUGAACGACGUGGCCAGUCUACGAGAUGAGAACAAGAGAUUAAUGAUCAUAGCACAGCAAUUAGAGCCGUAUAUACGCUCAAUCACCGCCCUUAUGGAGAGAAUCUCACCUAAGUUACAAGUGCCACAGAGCCAGGCAGCGUCCUCAGUCUCAGUGGUAGACUCAAGUGAGAACAUCAUGCAGCAAAUCCUUGACCAGAUCAGCGCCUGCAAGCCUGAACAGCAGCAGAGAGCCGAGGGGCGGGGUUGUGCAGACGGGGCCAGCCGGGUGCCGGGUCCUGUGGAUGACUCGGGCGGCGGGUCAGCUUCCUCAACUAUGAUAUUAAGUGGGAUUCCUAAACCGCCUGACCCACCUCACGCCCGCCGGACUCCUGACGAGGACGAAGACCAAGAGAGCGAUCAUGCGCAUGGCUUCUCUCCAGGGCCGGGCUCAGGCCGAGCAGAUCCGGGCCCCACUAGGGAAGGAGGAGAUAAAUACCGCGGGCCUGUGUCGCCUGCAUCCUCCAUGGGCUCCACACUAGCGUCCUCGGCGCUGGGCGGCUCCUACGUGGAGGUGAGGAGGGCGGAGCGCGGCAUGAGACGCAAAAGGCAGAACAGUGAAGGGGACUCGUUGGUCUGGGAUCGACAUCGAGGGUGCGAAAGUGAGAGCGAAAUGGUGUCGUCGACGUCGUCUCUAAGAAUUAACCAGCGCCGCGGGUCUGAGGGCAGCGAUGUAGAAGAAGUUAAGAAGGGAGUGUUCAUGCAGCUGCUGCAGAAGGUCCGGUCACGUGAUGAGAAGAAGAAGCACGACUAUGAGAGUGACGCUGACGAGGGUCGAGCAUCGUCAAGAGAGCGUGGCGCCGUUGGUCGAGUGGUUCACAGGCUCUCUCGAACCAAGGUCAUGCCCGACCAUCACCCUGACUGCUACGUCGACCUCGCGGCCGCCGCAUUUGAUGCUUCGGCAGUUCCUGAGAGGCCAAAGUCUGCCUGUGAUAACACACUGUUGCGUGCAGCCGCCAAGCUGUACUCUGGAAUAGGUUCAGUACGAGGUAUUAGUAGCGAACCAGAACCCAACCACGGCACUAGUGCCGAGCGGCUAGACGAUAGCCAGGCGAGAGCAAUGGUCGCUGCCUGUCGCUCCCGCGAGAGUUCUCUAGGACGGGCGCGGUCAGCGGAGCGGGAGGCGGGCGGAGGCGGGGAUCAGGACUCCCAAAGCCGUGCCAGUGCCUCAGGUGCCCAGGGGGUCAAGGAAGGUCAGGAGAAUUUAACUUAGGAAGUAAAAGCCAUCGUUCACGCUGAGCAACUGGGGGGACCCAGUCGCAAAUCUCCUGGCCGUAAAGAUAUUGAGACCAUAUACGCCGUGGCCACUGUACCCCGCAAGACUACGUCAAAGAAAGAGAACAUCUACGAGAAUGUUCCGAUAUCGACGGACAUGUCCGUCGGCAGAUCUUACCGGGACGACCCUCACUCUCGGCCGGUGUUCAAGAAGCAGAACUCUCUGGACGCCCUGCCGUCAGACUCCGGGAGGAGUGGCACGUCACGUAAAAACGAGAGUGGUGGCGGCAUGACGACCGUGAGACAUGGCACACUGAGGAAGGCGGACAGCUUCGAGGGUCACGAGGAGGCGGUGAAGACCCUGGUGGCCGCUGUGCAGGAAACAAGAAUAUUAAGGCGAAAGAAGACUAAAUGAUCAUCAGUUAUAGACAUAAUUUUUAAAAAGACGUCUUUUUACAAGUAUUUUGAAGCUCAUCAUUGCCUGCAGCUGAGAAAACUAUAUUUCUUUUUCUUCUUUCAAAUCCAUUUUCAGUGCUGGAUAAAUCAAAAUAAUGGCCUGCCUAAAGUGUGAUCCUGGAAGAAAAAAGUACGAAAGAAAACAUUUAAGUUAAAACACAUGAAAGGAACGAACCCCCAAGAUGGAAUAUUUAUGUGAACUCUGACGUUACCAAAGAUAUUGUGCUGGUUAAAAAAAAUGUGUUAAGUGUUGUGAAGAUAGAAACUAAGUAAUAAUGAUGUGUUCGCUGAGUGUUAGAUACGAAGAUGUGUUAGCAAUGGUGUCAGUAAAGAGUGUCCUGUCGCAGUGAAAAACACGAUCAGACUGGCGAGUGUAUGUGUGUGUGUAAGGCAGUGGACCAGACUGACUUGACCUCAAAGCAUCGUCAGUUCGUGUCGCAGGAUGGUCCAGUGUUUGCCUCAGUACAUCAGUGGGGAAAAAUAUAUAGUCUUUGCAUAGCAAUUUCACAUUUAAGAGUAUCGAAUUCGAAUCGACACGGCUGAAUGAUUGAUAUUCUCUGUCAUCAAACAUCGUAGUAUAUUUUUAUGGAGUUGUGUGAGGUUGUACGAGAAGCUCCACAGGCCUGACGAUGGGCGACGCUUUCCGGUGCUUUACUGGCCAACAACAAACACAUUAUAUUAUUAUGUACUCUGUUCACGGAAGAUGAUGGUAAGAGUGUUAGUGUUCUCUCAUAGGAAUGUGUCCUAAGACGGUCUUUUAUACAUAUAAAAAAAAGUUCUAUAAACAUUUCCAAAAACUAAAAAAAAAAAUACGAGCCAACUUUUUAAAACAGCUGCCAGAUGUAGGAGACUUAAAUAUUCGCCAGCUUCCUCGUAGCAGCUCCCCAGUAGUGUCGUGAGGGAAGACUGUGGGGUUCACCCUCAAUAUUGGUUAAACUCUCCCACAAAGAACUCAAACAUUCAGGAUUUUAGGAAAUGUAGUGCAGCGAUAGUAACCCCCCCUGUGGGUCAAAUACUGAACAUGGGGGAAUUAUUCUACCAUAAAUCAAAAGCUAUAGACUAGGGCGCUACAUGGCUAACAGAUCAAAUAAUUUUGUCUUGAGACACAAAAGCAACUAAAUCAAAAAAUAUAUAUAUAUAUAUAUAUAAAAAAAAGAGGAAGAACUAGUGCUAGAAGUCUCAAAAAAUAUAUAUACAUACCUAGUUUUUAUCCCAAGUUUCUCAUGUGGAUUGACUGUAGAGAUUCAUCUUCCUGCGCGGCUGUUGGUACUCUCUCUCUCUCUGGGUUAUAUUGUUUAUCUCCCUGUCUUCUACCAUGUCUUCCUUCUCGUCCCUGCUUUUAUCCUUAUUCUGGAUAUUUUACUGUACACCCUAGUUUUCUCUCUCUCUCUCUCUCUCUCUCUCUCUCUGUGUGUGU